GCAGACUGACUUUGCCUUUUCCAUCACCACACUCACUUUAACAUCUAAUACCACCUGACCAGAACUGGUACAUCUUACAGCAGUAGUUACAUUCCCCGGCCUCUUCAGUCCCCCCCCAUACCAAGACGUUUAAAGAACGAUCAAUUGUCGGCCAUUCUUCGGAGAUUCGCCCGAAUCUAACCGUCCAUAACCGGUUUAACGCCGAAGUCGGUUCCCGAACUAUACACAGGGAGUUUUCUUACUAGACUCAGCAAGAAAGAAACCCUGACCUUCCGCAAUAUAAACUAAAAUUAAUCCUUGAGAUAUCUAGAUCUCCGGUUGACCUACACAACCUGUCUUUCUCCUCUUGCUGACCGUUCCAAUCUACAUCAUCUAUAAUGUCGCAGUCAGAAACAACCCAUUCAGCCAUCUCACAAAGGGCACAAAACGCCAUAGUAGCGGGAUCCAAAAACCUGAUGUGGGAUGUCAUGAACGACUUAUGGUGUGAAGAUACCAACCCGAAUGGGUUUGUGAAUGUGGGCGUCGCAGAAAAUGUCCUGAUGCACGACCACCUCUUGAGUUUCAUCAACCGGAAACUGGAGCUGCCUGCCAAACUACUCACAUAUAAUGAUGGGCCGACUGGGUCUGUGAGAUUAAAGCGAGCCGUCUCUGCCUUUAUCAACAGACACUUCCAUCCUUUCAAUGCGGUGGAUCCCAGCCACCUGUUCAUUACCAACGGCGUUUCGUCGGCAAUCGAGCAUGUUUCUUGGGCCGUUACGGAGCCCGGAGAGGGGAUCCUCCUGGGGAGACCGUAUUACGGGACAUUUAUACCAGACAUCUCGCUGCGGCCGGGGGCCACGGUUAUCCCUGUGGAUUUUGAUGACUGCGAUCCUUUCAGCUUGGAGGCUGUCCAGAAGUAUGAGCGUGCACUGUUGCACUUCAAAGAGACGACAGGGCGGAAAGUAAAGGGGUUGGCACUGUGCCAUCCCCACAAUCCGCUAGGACGGUGCUACCCCAGGGAUGUACUAGUGAAGUUAAUGGAACUCUGCCAGAGAAACCAAAUGCACUUCAUCAGCGACGAGAUUUAUGCCCUGUCUGUCUGGAAGAAUACCGUUGACGAGAGCCCGAGACCAGUUGAUUUCGAAUCGGCUCUUUCAAUCGACCUUACCGGGAUUAUUGACCCCCAACUGGUCCAUAUAUUGUGGGGUGUAAGCAAGGACUUCGGCGCGAAUGGUCUCCGACUGGGCGUUAUCAUCUCCCAAGCUAAUCGCGACAUGCUCGCUGCAUUAAGGAGUCUGGGCUUGUAUUCUUAUGCCUCGGGCGUCUCGGAACAUUUGACGUCUCUUCUGCUUGAAGAUUUCGACUUCACGGAUGAAUACAUCAGGAUGAAUAGCGAGAAGCUCUCGGAACAUUACUCUUUCGUGGUACGGCAGCUUAAGAGUAGCGGUAUUGAGUAUUCGCCCGGGGCGAAUGCUGCAUUCUUCAUCUGGAUGAAUUUGGGAAAGAAGUAUCGGGAAUUGCACCCCAAGGUCAAGGAUGACGAGGAUGUCAGCGACAAGGUUAUGGACCUACUAUUGCAAAAGAAGGUAUUUUUGGCGAGCGGGUCGUUAUUUGGUUCGGAGCAUGGUGGAUGGUAUAGAAUUGUGUUCUCACAGCCUCAAAAGUAUCUGGCUGAGGCGGUUCGAAGGAUCAUGGCUGCGCUCGAGGCUUAAAUCCGGCAAACAGGAAGUUCUGUUAGCCUUAUGGGGCUUGUAUUGUGCUGAGUAACGACUUUCGUUGCUGAGGAAGCCUUUCUUCAGCGCAUACAAUCCUCGCCUAGUACGCCUUCACGUUAAGUCAGCGACUCGUCGCAUAGUAGGU